GGACGCCUAGGCGCGAGCUGCACUCGGCGACUGAAGCAGGAGGCUGAGACCCCACCGCUCUCGCCCCCGGGGCUGAGAAUCCAGGUUCUGCCUCGCAGGUGAGCUGGCGCAGCACCUCUGGUCCCGCAGAAGCAGCCAACAUGCCUAUCUCCAAGUGCCUGCAAAAGUCGGAGCCCCUGUGGAAGGAGUGGGACCAGAAGGCCCAAAAGAAUGGACUGAGGCACCAGGUGAAUGCUGUCAAUGGUGACUGCUAUGUGGGCCAAUGGAAGGACAACAUGAAACAUGGAAAAGGAACACAGAUCUGGAAGAAAAAAGGAGCCAUCUACGAGGGAGACUGGAAGUUUGGGAAGCGAGAUGGCUAUGGCACCCUCAGCAAUCCUGACCAAGAGAAGGGAAAGUAUAGGAAAGUAUACUCUGGCUGGUGGAAAGAUGAUAAAAAAUCGGGCUAUGGGAUUCAGUUUUUCGGACCCAAGGAGUAUUACGAGGGUGAGUGGUGUGGCGACCAGCGCAGCGGGUGGGGCCGCAUGUACUACAGUAACGGCGACAUCUACGAGGGCCAGUGGUUGAAGGACAAGCCGAAUGGGGAGGGCAUGUUGCGCCUGAAGAACGGGAACCGCUACGAGGGCUACUGGCAGAGAGGCAUGAAGAAUGGGUCGGGCCGUUUCUUCCACCUGGACCACGGUCAGCUGUUUGAAGGCUUCUGGGUGGACGACGUGGCCAAGUGUGGCACAAUGAUUGACUUUGGCCGCGAUGAGGCCCCUGAGCCCACCCAGUUCCCCAUUCCUAAGAUCGAAAUUCUAGACCCUAAUGGUGUGCUGGAGGAAGCCUUGGCCAUGUUCAAGAAGACAGAGGAAGAUGAAGAUUGAUGCCAGGGAACACACCAGAGCUUCUGGAGAAAUUCAAGCCCGUCGCCCAACUGCUCAAACCGGUGCGGCUUCUGCAGAAGUGAGUGGUGACUUGGGCACACCCUUGGCACCCUCAGAGGGCACCUCACUCCUCCCAGCACUGGAUCAUCCUCUCCCCAGCUGGCUUUGGGGAUCCUCUUGUUACAGCUUUCAUUCUGGGCCCCCAUUCCUGAGCAAGGGAGUAUAAAGAACCUGGUGGCUUCA